CUCACUAUGAAUCUGCUGUGUUUAAUGGCUGUUUGUAUAGCUACUGCUGAUGUUUUUGCUGGAGCGGAUCCUAAACUUGAUGGUCAGUGGGAUUCUUGGAAAAAUGGCCAUAGUAAAACUUACCCUAAGGGUGAAGAAGAACACAGGCGAAGUGUGUGGGAGGAGAACCUUAAGAAGAUUAAUCAGCACAAUGAAGAGGAAUCUAUGGGAAAACAAACUUACAGGCUUGGAAUGAAUCAGUUUGGAGACAUGACCAGUGAUGAGUUCACACAGCUGAUGAAUGGAUAUAACAGUGGGUCUGCCUUAAAAACAUUAAUGUACACUUCCAACUCGGAAACCUUUGUUACUGCAGUGUUACCUGGCAAAGUUGACUGGCGUCUCACUGGUUUCGUAACUCCAGUGAAGGACCAGGGCCAGUGUGGUUCUUGCUGGGCAUUCAGUGCUACUGGAUCUCUGGAGGGGCAACAUUACAAGAAAACUGGCAUGCUGGUGUCACUAAGUGAGCAGAACCUCAUCGACUGUUCUUGGCCUCAGGGGAACAAGGGCUGCAGUGGAGGUUCAAUGGCUAGGGCUUACCUGUAUGUCAAGAGUAAUGGUGGUAUUGACCCUGAAUCCUCCUAUCCAUACACUGGUAUGGAUGGACAGCCGUGCCAGUAUGAUGCUCAGUACAAUGUUACCAACUGUCUGGGCUAUAUUUCUAUUAAAAGUGGAGAUGAAAAAGCUCUGAAGACUGCUGUUGCAUUAAAUGGACCAAUCUCUGUAGCUAUGGAUGCAAACCACUUUUCCUUCCAGUUCUAUAGUUCAGGAAUUUAUAAUGAAAUUCAAUGCAGCAGUACAAAACUGAACCAUGGUGUUUUGGUUACUGGUUACGGAUACAGCGGGCAAACAGAAACUAAGCAGAAUAAAUACUGGAUUGUUAAAAACAGUUGGAGUACAAGCUGGGGUAUGCAAGGAUAUUUUUAUUUGGCAAGGGACCAACAAAACCAAUGUGGAAUUGCCACAGCAGCUCUCUACCCUCUGGUAUAAUGUCUGCAGCAGUUGGGAGUUCUCAUCUGGAAAGCAAAAUGCGGAAGUAAUAUGUCGUGAAGACUUCCACAAUGAAUUUGGAGCAAGAGGACUUCAAUAAAAGUUUUAAUUACAGAAUUAGCAAUUUUCUUAAAAGUUAAUAACUUUGGGACAGCCAAUGAGGGCAUCAGAUGCCUGGCUAAUUGAUUCUGCGUUGCACCAUGAACGUUAAGCUACAUCUUUAGUUCAUUUUCCAAUAAGAUGUUUGUAAAGCCAAUGCCAUCUGCAGCUGCCUGACUAAACAAUUAUGUGUUAUACGAUGCAUGUAAAUUAUUUUGAAUUAAAACGUUGUGAAAAGGGUUAGGGACACUUUCUUAAAUCACAUUUU